UUGAAAAACAAGAAGAAAUAAAAAAAUUAUUAGUUGAUGGUUAUUUGCAAAAAAUAGAAGGUAAUUUCAUGCCAGAGAAGAAUCAACAGCAACAAAAAGAACACCAAAUUGAAUUAGAAAAAUUACAAGAAAAAAAUAUUGAUAUAUUAAAAAUUAAUAGUGAUAGUGAUAACGAUAAUGAUAAUGGUAAUGAUAAUGAAUUGAUAAAUAUUGAUAAUAAUGACAAUAAUAGCGAUAAUAAUGAUGAUGAUAUUAAAUUGAACAAAAUUAUAGAAAACAAACAAAAACGAUUGAAAAUAGUAAAAGAAGAAAUUGAAGAAGAAGAAAAUGAAGAACAAAAAGAAGAAAACGAAAAGAAAAAAGAAAAUGAAGAACAAAUUAAAGAGCAUCAACAUCAACAAAAACAAGAAUCACAAAAAAAAAAUUUAAUAAAUAAUAAAAAGAAAAAUGAUGAUAAUAAGAAAAAAUCAAUAAUGUCAUCAUCACCUAUUUUAAUAAAUUUACCACCACAAUCAUUAUCACCAUCAUCAUCAUUAUCAUUAUCAAUAUCAUCACCGCCUCCGCCACCAAUAUUACAGCAACAACCAUCUCUACAAUUUCCACUACCGUCAUCGCCAUUGUCAACACCAUCAGCAUUAUUACCAUCUUUAACAAAAAUAUCAGAAACACCAUUGAUACAACAAUUGGCAAAAGUAAAAUCAUCAUUAUUAUCAUCAUCAUCAGCGUCAUCAUCAUCAACAUCUUCUUCACCAUCACCAUCGGUGACAUCAUCUACAUUACAAUAUGAUAUAUCAACAUCAGUAUUACAACAACAGCAAAAAGAAGACCAAUUACAAAACCAACAACAGCAUUUACAAUUAUUACAAAAACAGCACUUACACUUUUUACAACAAUUGCGAUUAUACCAACAUAAACAACAAUCAUUUUCAUCAUCUCCUUUAUCAUUUUUAUCCACGUUUCCAUCAUCAACAUCAUCAUUAUUAUCAAAUAUGCCAUUUUCAAAUGCAAUUAUUAAUGAUAAUAAUAAAAAUGAUGAAUCCCUUUAUGAUAAUGAAAAUGAUUUUUUAAAUAAUUUAUCACCAUCUUCAUUGGAAACGUUUUCACCUGUAAGAAUGCUAUUAUCGCAACAACAACAGCAACAAAAGCAACUAGAACAACAACAGCAGCAUCAACAACAGAAUGAUGAAAAAUUGUUAUUAUCUUAUCAAUUAAAAAAUUUACAACGUUUUGGAUCACAUUAUGAAUGUAAUAUUAAUCAAUGUAUAUAUGAAAAUUUACGUGAACAUUUUCAUUGUUAUGACGUACCAUGCUUUGGUAAAUCAUUAAACAAAAAGGAUGAAAUAAUACGUCAUAUAAAAUGGCAUAAAAAACGUAAUGAAAGUUUAAAUUAUGGCUUUUUACGUUUUUCGUCAUCAGAUGAUUGCAGUUUACGUUUCAAUUCAAGUUGUCAACAUAAUAAGAAGCAAACACAUUAUCAUUGUUUUCAACCAAAUUGUGAUAAAGUUUAUAUAAGCACUAGUGAUGUACAAAUGCAUUCAAAUUAUCAUCGUAAGGAUAUUGCUAUAUUUCAAGAAGGAUUUCAAAGAUAUCGUGCAACCGAAAAUUGUAAUGCAACAUAUUGUAUAUUUUCAAGUCAAAAAACAACACAUUUUCACUGCCGCCGAGAGAAUUGUAAUUUUACAUUCAAAAAUAAAGCGGAUAUGGAAAAACAUAAAUCUUAUCAUAUUAAAGAUUUACAAUUAACAAGAGAUGGAUUUAAAAAAUAUUUAAAAAAUGAGAAAUGCCCAUAUAAACAAUGCCGUUUUUCACGUGUUUGCAAUCAUAUACAUUGUAUAAGAAAGGAUUGUUUUUAUAUAUUACAUUCUAGUGGACAAUUACUAAGUCAUAAACGUAAACAUGAACGUAUGGAUAAUGAAUUAGCAUAUCAAAAUUAUAAAAUCUUACAAUUGCCACCAGAAGCUGUACAAUUAAUAUCAUCAUCUACAUUAUCACCUACAACAACAAUAACAUCAGAAUCCACAUUACAUAAUACAUUAUCAAUAGAAAAAAAUGAAUUA